AUGCAGAUGCCUGCCGUGUUGAAGGACCAGGAAUCAGCCGUUCUCAGCAUUCUGGACAUUGUGAGCCACAGCUGCCGGACAGUUCUCCAGAGCUUGUCACCCGAUGACCGGCUGGCCAUCGUGACCUACUCUGACCAAGCACAGGUUGUCCUGCCACUGACGUGCAUGGACGCACAGGGUCAAGGGGAGGCCGAAGCAGCGGUGCAGAAGCUGAGGGCCGAUGGGCAGACGAACCUGUGGCAAGGCCAGGGAUGGGGGUCGCACCAGCCCCAAAAUCCCGGUAGAGCUCUCUGUAGUCUUUCCAAACUUUUGCCUGGUUUGUGA